AACAAAUGUCGUCAUCUUCCCGCGGCUCGAACGGGUAUUCUCGCGAGAUCUGAUCACGAUGAAGAUGGCGGCCGCCAAGGUAGAGCAUGUUGUGGCAGAUGCUGGCGCUUUUCUCAAACGCGCUCCUUUGCAAGAAAUUGGAACGAAUAUCUACACGUUAAAAGAUGUCGUUGAAGAAAUUCGGGACAAACAGACUAAAAAAAGCUUGGCCUUCCUGCCAUACAAACUAAAUUUUAAAGAACCUUACCCCGAGUACAUACGAUUGGUUACAGAAUUUGCUAAAAAGACCGGAGAUUACCCGAGUCUGUCAGCCACAGACAUUAAAGUCUUAGCACUGACUUAUCAACUGGAAAGUGAUCAUGUGGGAACUGAACAUUUAAAGAAAGAGCCUGAGAAAAAGGUUGAAAUAUGCACCACAAAAAGACAUCCAGAGGCUCCUGAUGGUAUUGCCGGUUUCCAUUUUCCAUCAAAACCCACAGAUAAACAAGGCUCCGUUGUUGAAAAUUCAACGACAAUAAAAGAUCCACGAGACACAGAUACUUCAGAGUUCAACAGUUUUCAGUUCUGGAGGAACCCAUUGCCAAGCAUUGAGACUGAUCUGCUUGAACUACUGGCAGCAGAUACGGUCACGAUAAAAGAUCAUUUUGGAAAAGUCACAGAGAAACUGCACUCUGUUGACUUGUCAGCCGACAGUCACGUGACUGAAUCUGAAGACCAUGAGGACGGUAAUGAAGAUGAACACGAGGAAGAACAAAAUGAUGAGGAAGAGGAUGAUGAUGAUGGUGGGGGUUGGAUUACUCCCAGUAACAUUAAACAAGUACAGAUGGAGGCUGGUAACUGGGGAUCCUCAGCAAAUGUCACAGUGGGCUGUGUGACCACUGAUUUUGCCAUGCAGAAUGUUUUGAUUCAGAUUGGACUUCAUGUGCUGUCAGUGAAUGGGAUGCUCAUUAAACACACCAGGAGCUACAUUUUACGCUGUCACGCCUGCUUUAAGACAACAACAAACAUGAGCAAAACUUUCUGUCCACACUGUGGAAACAACACUUUGAAGAAGGUUGCCGUCACCAUUAAUGAAGACGGUUCCAUGCAGAUGCAUUUUUCAAGAAACCCUAAAGUCUUAAAUUCAAAAGGGAAGAGGUAUUCUCUACCUUUGCCACAAGGAGGAAAACAUGCAUCUAACCCUCUUCUAGUGGAAGACCAGCGUUUCCCACAGCAGAGGGUCUCUAAGAAAGCUCGGCAGAAAACUAACGUGUUUGAUCCAGACUACCUGGCCGGCAGCUCUCCUUUCUCUGAGCACGAUAUCUACAGCAGAUCCGCCGGCUUACAUCUGCGAGACGGACAGGCGGGAGGAGGCAAAAAACGGGCCAAUCCUAACGCAGCACGCAAAAAAUUUGUUAAAAAAUAAGUGCGUUCUUGCACUACCUGUAGAAUUGCUGUGCAAAAUUCACCUGGACUCUUGAAGCUUUAGACAUCAUUUGGUGUAGUAAAUUACCUUUUAUGCUUUGCCAAUGUGAUCGGCUUUGACAUUGAUAUUUUUCUCUAUGCGAGACAAGUUUUCUGUAUUCUACCCACAUACCAGCUGAAUUGUGAUGCAAACCUUAUAAUAUAGAUUUGGUAAAACCAU